GAUUUCGCUUUGGCAGUUGAGCCUUAUCUUUAAGGAGGACAGUUCCUCCUUAUGGAAGACAAGAACAAAUACUCAAUUAUUCAACCGACUUUGAAAUGGAAAGAAACUCCGUAACGGCUCCUCGUCGGUCUGGAUGCUCUUUGUUCCGGUUGAGUUGUGUGUUAUUUGUGAUUCAGUUGGGUGUAAUCAGCAAAAACGCCGGAGCCGAGGUCGAGGUCGGGGAGCUCUGGGAAAGUUUGGGACCUCAAUCAGAUCUGACAAGUCAGGAACAAGAAGUGGUUGGCCUUUUGAAACGAGUGCUUCCCUCGCCAGACAUCGCGUCACAGUUCCAAAUCAAAUUGGUGUCAAUCCCAGAUGACGACAAAGAUGACGGCGACCUUCACCACCAAGAUCGGGUUCACUUGAAGACGAGCAUCGAACCCAAAGGAAAUCAAAGCCGUACUCUGGUUCAUGUGAGAGCGACAUCUGGCGUGGCAGCAACUUGGGGUAUUCAUCAUUACCUGAAAUAUCAUUGUCAAGGUCACUUUUCGUGGGACACCAUCAGUUUAGAUCUGCCCACCAAUGGAACUCUUCCUCCAGCAAAGUUCAACUUGACCUCCAAUGAUAAAUUCCGUUACUAUCAGAAUGUCUGCACUCCAGGAUACACCUUUGCCUUCUGGAAAUGGGACCAAUGGGAACUUCAUAUCGACUGGAUGGCGCUUAACGGGAUCAAUCUCCCUUUGGCCUUCGUGGGUCAAGAGGCAAUAUGGAUUCGAGUGUACAAACAGUUUGGCCUCAAUGAAACCUACUUGGACCACCAUUUUGCCGGUCCAGCUUUUCUCCCUUGGGGCCGUAUGGGAAAUCUCAAUGGUUGGGGUGGACCAUUACCUUCAGGUUGGCACCACUUCACGGUGGGCCUUCAACAUCAGAUCCUGACUCGAAUGAGGGGCUUGGGGAUGAUACCUGUCCUACCUGCCUUUGCUGGUCACGUGCCCAAGGCUCUGAUUGAUCUUCAUCCAAAUGUGUCCUUCUCGGUCCAAAGUUGGAACGGAUUCAAUGAGACCAUCUUAUUGGACCCGACGGAGGCGCUUUUUGGAGCGAUUGGGGCCAAAUUCAUCGAGGAAUACACUUUUGAAUUUGGCUCAGACCAUGUCUACAAUUGUGACACCUUCAAUGAAAUGGACCCAAAAACUAACAGUACCCAAUACAUUCGCGAUGUGGGACGUGCCAUUUAUGCUGGCAUGUCGAGUCAAGACCCCAAGGCUGUGUGGUUAAUGCAGGGAUGGUUGUUCCUCUCCAAUUUCUGGCAAGACCCUCAAGUUGAGGCUCUGCUGACCGCCAAUCCCUUGGGAAGCAUGAUAAUUCUUGAUUUGGACUCGACCUUCCGCGAACAGUACACAAGAACCAAGUUCUACUACAACCAGCCAUUCAUUUUCAAUGACCUCAAUAACUUCGGCGGAAACCUCGGUCUAUUUGGACGCUUAGGGGCCAUCAACCAGCGAGUUUUUAAGGCUCGCUCUGCUUCCAAGGGCCGAAUGAUUGGCACAGGCCUUACCCCUGAAGGCCUGAGUGACUCCUACCUCACUGCAGAGUUCAUGAAUGAGAUGAGUUGGCGUCCACAUCCAGUGGAGGAUGUCAUGGCUUGGGUGGCCAAUUAUUCAAGGAGAAGAUACGGUGGACAAGACAACAUCAAGGCUCAGAGAGCUUGGCAAGCUCUUGUCCCUCGGGUAUUUAACGCCUCGGUCGGAUUUUUUACUCGAAAACUCGUCAUCACGUCCAUGCCGUCACUCGAUAUGACGAACUACACGUGGUAUCCAGCCUCAGAUUUGGUCCGAGCUUGGGAUAACUUAAUCGAGGCUGCUGACCAACUGAAACAUUAUGAUGGUUACCGAUUUGAUCUGGUUGAUUGCACUCGUCAGAUCCUCGUGGACCUGGCCCCCAGUCUAUAUGCGGAUAUCCUGGACUCGUUCCAUUCUCAUCGGCCCACGUUCCUUCACGAACAACGACUGGUGUUCAUGGAACUGCUCACGGACAUGGACAGAGUCUUGGGCACUUCCUCAAAUUUCAUGCUCGGUCCAUGGCUAGAAGCGGCUAAGGAGGUGAUCCCAAAUGGAACAGAGCCUCAGAAGGCUUUGUUCGAAUUCAAUGCACGGAACCAAAUCACUCUGUGGGGUCCAAGUGGCCAAAUCUUGGACUACGCCGCCAAACAAUGGUCAGGAUUGGUGUCCAAUUACUACAUGCCCAGAUGGGACCUUUUCUUGGGGAUGUUGGAACACAGUUUGGCCAGUGGAACAAAAUUCGACCCGUCUGAGUUUGGCUCGCGCUUCCUGUCCCAAAUUGGGAUCCCAUUCACACAGGAUCGAAAGCAAUUUCCCAUUCUGCCCACGGAGGAUUCGGUGGAGGUCUGUCUGGAAAUGUAUGAGAAAUGGAGGCCUCGAUUAACCUUUGAACACAUCAAGGUCCAUCCUAAUGCCAUUCCGAAUGUAAGGUAUUGAAGAAUACAUGAACAUGUAAUGGAGAUUGCAGACC